UGAUAGAUGUAGAUGAGUUGUAAAUAAAUAAUUAUUAAUAAAAAUGUUAUCAACAACUUUGUACAGUUAUAAAUGGAUAAAUAAAUUAGAUUCUUAAUUAUCUUUUAUGUCAUUAGACUUGUCAUGAUUUGUCGUUUUAUGCCAAAAAUUUUUAAAUGUACAAAUUGGGACUGUUUGGAGGUGGAGAAAGAAAUGAUGGACGAUAUAUGGUUGGUGGAAAACCAGUUUAUUACGAUGGUGGUCACGUACCUCCUAUAAACGCGGCUAGAACGCCGGCUGUUCAACCGGGACGUCGCCCAGAAUAUGAGGACUCUGUAGAUAGCUACGAAAAUGAAUUUACAUCGAGGGCGAUUCGACACGCUUUUAUUAAAAAAGUUUAUUUUUUACUAUUUAUGCAACUCGGUUUUACAGCCGCGGUAAUCGCUCUAUUUCAAUUCGAGCCCAAUUGCAAUUUAUUUGCGCGGAGAUAUUUUUUCGUAUCGAUAAUUUUCUUAAUGGUAUCUUUAAUUUUUUAUAUGGUUUUAGUAUGUGUUCAAGCUGCGCGAAGAAAUUAUCCAUUAAACUUCAUUUUAUUUGCUAUUUAUACUAUUAUAUCUGCAAUAGGAUACGCAUUACUAGCAGCACUUUACGCCCCGGAUAUAGUUCUUUAUAGUUUUGGUAUAACAGCAGCUGUUUGUCUUGCAGUAACCAUUUUAGCGAUGCAAAAAUGCAUCGACAUAACUGGCUGUGGAAUGUAUUUAUGUUUAAUCGGGUUAGUUAUAUCACUGUUUGGUUUAGCCACGAUGAUUACAAUGAUGAUAAUGGGUUGGAACGAGACUACAAGAAUUUUGUACUUGGUUUACGCGUCAAUUGCAGCGUUAGUGACUUCUUUGUAUUUUAUGUUUAUGACUCAAUUAAUUUUGGGCGGAAAGAAAUACGAGUUAUCACCGGAAGAAUACGUUUUAGGUGCUAUUAUUUUGUACACGGAAAUAAUGCAGUUGUUUGUAUUAAUUAUGGGGAUUUUUGGGGCAGCUAGGAAUUAAUUAUAUAUCUUAAAUAUUGAAAAUAAAUUUAAUUUUGAAGGACUCCUAAUUGACCUUAGCUAAUCAAUCAAAACUAACCAACACUAUCUUAUUCCGAGUUUUCGUCCGCCAAUAUAAUACUAAAUAUAAGAACUAAAGCAGUAUCAAACACAUAGGAAAUUUUUCACUCUAUCCAGUGGUAUAUAACUUUAGUAGAUCGCAUGGUUGCACAAGAAUGAUGUUAAUGACAGUUAUGAUACUAAUCAUUUAUAUACGACAAUUACAUGCAGUUUUUGGAGGGUAAAUGCUUGUGCAACCAUGCGAUCUACAAAAGUUACACACCAUUGUAUAGAGCGGGAAAUUCUCUAUAGGUGCUAUAUGCUUUCAGAGUUUUGUCCGUAUCACAAAAGAAAGUGAUGACGUCGUAAACAUUUACAUGAGACAAUUUUACGCGGUUUUUGCAAUUUUGGGGAGAUAAAUGCUUGUACAAGCAUGCGAUUUAUGAAAGUUAUGUACCACUGUAUAGAGCAGAAAAUUUCUUAUUCGAUAUGAUUGAUAUUGCUUUAAUUUGCUGUUCCUGCCAAAUAAAAGAGUUAUAUUGAGAAAGGCCGAUUCUAUAUAUACGAUUGUUUAUUAGACGUGUUUUUUAGCCAACGCCUAUAGAUAUUUUGAAGAACAAAACGUUUUUGGAUGAAGAAAAAAUUAACCUUUCUAAUGGUGUAGUUAAUAAUUCGCUAUCUUUAAAGACAACGAAGAUACCGGCUUGUAAAGUAGGUAGGUGGAAAAAUAAGAAUAGGUAAAAAUUACCCGUGUGAAGUUACCCAUAAAUUCCAUCCAUAAAAAAAACUUUUUUGUUUGUGUAUCGAUUUUAAUGAUUAAUGGCGCAUUAGGAAGAUCUCGUAGAGUUAAAAAACUUAAAUUCCGCGAAAACAGUGAAAUAUAUAAAAAAAAUCUCUAACUUUAGAGUCCCAAAAAUUGAAAAGUAAUUAAUAUAAUAUCAGGUAUGAUUAUCAAAUCAGAAUGCGUAUACUGUCUUCUACACAAAAGUGAAUUUUGGUCGUCGCUAAAUCAUAUCGGUAAUUAGAAAAGUGCAACAACGCACCAACCUGUUUCCAGACGUACGUGGCGCCAGGCGGUUCUUUGAAAAGCAAAAUCAUAUCCAUAAGUAUAACUUUUUUGUUAAUGGUCCGAGUUAAGUUUGUAAUACCUUUUUGGAAAGAUUUCGUCCUGUAGAUCAUGUCAUAGUAAUGGCGGCGCGAAAUUCUAACAAUAACGGUAAUUAAACGAGUAAAAACGUUAUAAACAAUCAUACCCAUAAAUAUUAGUUUUUUGUUAAUUUUCCGAUUUUAAUAUGUGAUACCUUUUUGGAAAGGGCUCGUCCUGUAGAUCAUAUCAUAGUAAUGGCGGCGCGAAACUCUAACAAUAAGGGUGAUUAAACGAUUAAAAACGUUAUAAAUAAUUAUAUUCUUAGUCCUUUAAACAUUGUUAGUAACUAUCCCACUUUUAUAAUAAGUAAAAACACAGUAUAUUAAUAAAAUACUAUAAUUCAUUAUUAUUAACGACAAGUCAACUGUAUAUUAUAUAAUUUUUCUGUAAAGAUAAUAAGUAUCUAAAACUCGCUACAACAAUUAUUUACAAAAUGAGAUCAAAAUUAAACAAAAUUGUAUAAGUAGUCAACUAUUAAAAUCUAAUUUAA